UUGUACUUUGCAAAGCUACGGCCACACUACCCUAAAAAUAUUGAACACAUUGGCUGAAAUCAGAAAACCCUCGAAAAAACCCACACUAACUAUGACUGAGGACAACAAAAACUCAAAGCUGGACGAGAUCCAGCGCCAGCUACUGGACCGCCUGGCCAAAAACGACUCCAGUGGCUUCAAGCAGCUCCUGGGCCAGCUGAAAGGCGGCGUUAACUUUGUGGACGACAGCGGGAUGUCAUGCUUGGCGCAUGCGAGCUUCAAGGGGAAUCGCGAGGCAGUCCAGCUACUGUUGGAACUGGGCGCCGACAUAAACCUGAACCAACAUGGAGCUGAUUAUACGCCCCUGCACUUUGCGGCGCUCUCUGGGAACACGCACGUGUGCCGGCUACUUUUGGAUGCCGGAAUCAAACCGGGGGCCAUAAACAGUGUCCAACGGACUGCCGCCCAAAUGGCUGCCUUUGUGGGUAACCAUGCCUGCGUGGAGACCAUUAACAACUACGUGACUAGGUCGAGUUUGGAGUACUACACACAGGUUCAUGGCCAACAAAAGGAGCCGCAAAUUCCACCCACUCUGCUAAAGAACUUCCACAGCUUUGUCACCGAAAUCAAUCUGCAUCCUGUGCGCAUUGCCCUGAACGUUCAGUCCCUGGGUCUUCUGAGAAUCCUAUCCAGUCUUCGAAAAACCUUGGCCCUGAUGUGCGAAAAAGAGAUGCAGAAAACCCACGAUCUUAACGAGCUGCUGGCCUUCAAGUUCCACUACCAAGGCUGGAUUCUGGCCGAACUGAUACGCUGCGAGGAGCAGUUCAAGGCCCAGCACAAGGAUAAGCCCGCUGGCGAGGAAGCGGCAGGCGAUGCCAACAAAAAUGAGUUCAUCGAGGUGUUUGUGAAGCGAGUGCUGAAGGAGAACAAGCUGGGUCAAUUGGACUACGUGGAGUACACAAUAAGGGAGUGCGCCCGAGAGUUCCCGGUACGGGAGUGCACCAUCUUCCGGCAGAUUGCCACACAACUGAGUGCCUCCGCUGCCCCACCAGCACUGACUAUCCUGCGGAAUGCAAUUAACGGCAUGAGAGGAUUUGUGGACGAGAGCAGCUAUUGCAGCACCUGUGGUGCCGAGAAGCCGGACAAGAAGUGUUCCAAGUGCAAGGCCGUGCAGUACUGCGACCGCGAGUGCCAGCGCCUCCACUGGUUCAUGCACAAGAAGAACUGCGCCCGACUGCUGGCCCAGUCGCAGAACCAAAGCCAGUCGCAGCCCCAGUCCAAGGGUAACAUCGACACCGCUGAGCUGCGCGAGGAGCUCUCCAAGCUGACUGCGUAAUCCAGUGCGUAAUAUUUUUUAUUGCAAAUAAAUGUACUAUAAAACAUGGAA